GCGCCGGUGUAACACGUUGCGACCGGCCGUGUGUGUUGUGUCUGUACACGCGUUAGGUUACGUUAGAAAAUAUCGUUGUUAAAAUAGGUUCGUUUUGAGUGAUUUAUCGUACGUAUAUUUGCGUUAAAGAUUGUACGAAUAAAUGAGUGUUGGUAAUAUGGAGACGGUGGAUACGUGUUCGGAGAGGAAUCGUCUUGAUGUUCUGUCGAUGAUGGUCGAAGGAUCUACGGACAUGCGCAGCAACGGUGCUGCCGGACACGAAACGUGGUCGAAAGGUUUAUACAAAAACGAUGAACUUGAGUUUCAACUUGAUUUGGUCAAACUCGACAAGAGCCACAAUGGCAAACCUUCGAAGGUUGUACACAUCAGAAAUAUACCGAACGAGGUAUCCGAGGCUGAGAUCAUUCAUUUGGGUUUACCAUUUGGUCGCGUCACCAAUGUACUCGUUCUCAAAGGAAAAAAUCAGGCAUUCCUUGAAAUGGCUGACGAGAGUGCGGCUGCAACGAUGGUCACGUAUUAUGCCUCGUGCAUAGCACAACUUAGAGGCAGAGCCGUUUACGUACAGUUCAGCAAUCAUCGUGAAUUAAAAACGGAUCAGCAGGCGCACAGCAACAACGCGGUCAGUAGCCCUACAAAUGAUGAGGCCAACACAUCUAAAAAUUCGAACAAUCAAGUUGCUAUACCAGGACAAAAUCAAGUUUCCUCGCAAGCUGAAACGCAGGGUGGACCGAACACAGUUUUGAGAGUUAUCGUCGAACACAUGAUUUAUCCCAUUUCCCUCGACAUAUUGUAUCAGAUAUUCACGCGUUUUGGAAAGGUCCUGAAGAUCGUCACCUUCACGAAGAACAGUUCCUUCCAGGCUCUAAUACAGUAUGCGGAUAUGGUCUCGGCACAAACCGCUAAAUUCUCACUCGACGGACAAAAUAUAUAUAAUUCCUGCUGCACGUUACGCAUCGACUAUAGUAAGAUGCAAAAUCUUAACGUGAAAUACAACAACGAUAAGUCGAGAGAUUACACAAAUCCGAAUCUUCCUACUGGGGACGCAAAUAUCGAUGCUGCAUCUUUGGCCUUGGGCGGUGAAUUAUUGCCGCAAAUACUGAUGGGUGCUGGAUCACAACCACGUGCUAGAAUACCCGAAGUAAAAAGAAGAGGAUCAGUAUUAACGGAACAAAUUGAUGAUGAUAACUAUGAAUCGAUUGCAGGGGCACCGGGUGUUCUACCCACGCCCUUUGCGGCUAUGCACGGCCUACCAUCGCCCUUGGGAGGCCCUUAUAAUGGCGUCCCACCGACCGGAGGUCUCGGAGGUCUUGGUGGUUUUCCCAUUGGGGCUGGUGCUCUUGGUGUACGUGUACCAGGAGGUGGACAAUCCUCGGCAGUAUUGCUCGUUAGCAAUCUCAACGAGGAGAUGGUCACGCCUGACGCUCUCUUUACCCUGUUUGGUGUUUACGGGGAUGUACAGCGUGUGAAGAUUCUCUACAACAAAAAGGACUCGGCCCUGAUUCAAAUGGCCGAACCUCAUCAAGCGCAUUUAGCAAUCACUCAUAUGGACAAGUUAAGAGUAUUUGGCAAGCAGAUCAAAGUUGUACUCAGCAAACAUCAAACGGUUCAAUUACCGAAGGAAGGACAACCGGAUGCAGGUCUCACCAAGGAUUACACGAGCAGUCCUCUUCAUCGAUUCAAAAAGCCUGGCUCGAAGAAUUAUCAAAAUAUUUAUCCACCGAGUUCGACUUUGCAUUUAUCAAACAUUCCAGCUACGGUAACAGAAGAAGAGAUAAAGGAUGCCUUUAGCAAAAAUGGAUUUAACGUCAAGGCCUUCAAAUUCUUUCCAAAGGACAGAAAGAUGGCUCUAAUUCAGUUACUUAAUAUGGACGACGCCGUGGCCGCUCUCAUCAAAAUGCACAAUUAUCAGCUGAGCGAAUCCAAUCAUCUUCGAGUAUCAUUCUCAAAGAGUAACAUCUAACAAGAGACACUGCUUAGCUAGCAGCAGUGGUUCCAGCCCUACGCCCUUGUCCACUAUUGGUGAUCCAACGUGCUCUAGCGAUUAUAAUAUAAACGGCCUGUCAGCCUGCUCUGCUCGUCCCUUUAAAGUUGCGAGGUCAAUGACUGUUAUUAUAAUAUCUGUGUACAUAAGACGCGCAAAACCCCAUUUGAAGAAGAAAGAAAGAAAGAAAGAAAGAAAGAAAGAAGCAAAGAACGUGCAAAAACGAAGAUUAAGGAAGAUGUGAAGAUAUGAAGAAGAUGAAGAGACAGAUGACGAGAAGAGGGAUGAAGGUUAGAUAUGAAGAAGAAAAUAAAGAAAAAAAAGAAGAAGAAUGAUCAUGAUGAUGAUAAUGAUGAUGAUGAUGAUGAUGAUGAUGAUGAUGAUGACAAUGACAAUGAAGAGGAUAAAGAAGAAGAAGAAGAAGAAGAAGAAGAAGAAGACGCCGUUCCUUUUGCUAAUAGACGAUCAUAGUGGAUCUUCUCUCACGUUCGCCUUCUUUUGCUAAAUAAUGCGAUGUGAUCGGAGCACAUUACUUUAUACGCGUUCUCACGAUCCUAAGAUCUACAAAUGACAAGUAUAAAACCUUUAAUGACGCGUUAAGAAAUUUUCGUUACUCCGGCUUUCGUUGAAUUGUUUUCGCUUAAGUUAGUUUUCACGCUGAUUAAGUGUGAAACAAAUUUCAAUGAAUUUAAGGAUAAAGAAAGGAUAUUGGUAAGAAAGAGAGUAUAAGAGAGACUGAGAGAGAGAAAGAGAGAGAGAGAGAGAGAGAGGAAAGAGUGAGAGUGAGAGAGAGAGAGAGAGAAAGAGAGAGAGAGAGAAAAAGAGAAAAGGGGUAGGGGGGGGAUAGAAUAAAUAGUUAAAAGAGAUCAUUUUUCUGUGAGAAGAAGGGCGUAGGUAAACGAAGCCACACGCGACGUUAUAGAUUAAUGAGAUAUAUAAAAAAAAAAAAAAGCUGCAGCCAAGUAUUAAA